AUGGAGCUGGGCGAGGGCGAGGGCGAUCGGCCGCCUGGGGCAGCACGAACGAGCGGAUCGCGAUCUGCUUCAAACGAGCUUCGGGUCAAGCAUGAGGGAAGGAAACCACUUUUCGGAGGCAACAAGACCAUCGUCCGGAGGGACGACCCCAGCCGCCUUUCAGACUCGCCGCGAGCGACAUCAAGAUUCACCGCCGGCCUUCCGGCGCGACAGCCGCUGACCGCUCAGCGGCGCACCAACUCGGAGCCGCAGUCUGCGUCGAGGGAACGGCGAGACAGCAACAGCAACAGCAACCUGAGCGUCUCGUCGUCGGGCGGCACGCGCAUCCCGCGGCCGAGCAGCGCCACGUUUCGACAACGACGGCCGUUAUCGCUGUCCGAAGCGUUCAGGCUGGCCGAGGACGAGGAAAGGGCCGCACAGGGCGUCGAUGGCUCGCCCAGUCCCGCCCCACGGACCUGGCGGGCUAGGGGCGGCCAGGACGAGGCGAAGCAGAGGGAGCAGCUGAGCCACGACCAUCUCGACACCAAGGCGCGAAGCAAGCAGUCGGAGAAACCAGCCGGUGGUCUGUACUCACGGGAGCGUUUCGAGGAACUCAAGAAUAGGGCCCGACAAGGUUCCGGCGCUGCCACGGAUCCCGACUCUAGCGAUAGCCUCAACAUUCCGGCGCUCGUCCCCGGCAUCGAGGACGUGCCCAUCCGUUCUAUAGAGACCGAUGAUAGGCCCGCAGUCCGGUCCCCGCUCAAGGGCGCGGAGAACAGAUCACCACACAAGAGCUUUGGCUGGGGCGAAUUCGACGAGGACUUUACGGGAGGCGACCUGCAGAUAUCCGACAGCCCUAGGAUCAAAGUCGGAAGCAACAAGCCUUUUGCACACCGCCCCUCGCUGAUAAGCAGCGAGGAGAAGCUGGCCGUCCGUUCGCCCGCACGGCUGACCCAGCCCGGCUCGCGCAACACCAAGCUGGACGAGAUUAGAGAUCGCGAACGCGAGUUGACGAGCAGGGUGCUCGCCGAGCGCCCGCAGCCGAGACAGCGGAAUUCUAGGCUGGACGAGAUCCGCGCACGCGAGAAGCUGGCGGAGCAGCAGAUACCCAUACCGAACCGAAACCUACCGCGGCCCAAAAACACCAAACUCGAUGACAUCCGCCAGCGAGAGAGCGAGGGGCUCUCGCGAAAGGCUUGGGCCGCGGCGCGCCUCGAAGAGAUUCGAGAGCAAAACUCCAUGUCGCGCUCGCUGUCGCCCGAGGAGGCAAGGCCACAGUCGAGCCGAGAAGUGCGGAAGACGACGCCGGGAAGGAUACCCACCAGGUCCAAGUCGGCAUACGAAGAGGGCGGCGAGAGGAUACCCGACACGCCCGUCACCGUCUACAAGAACCAGCGCAGCGCGGGCGUCGCAACCGCCGUCGAGCCUUCCGCAGCUGCGGGUUCGGGUCCCGCUGCCGACAACCCGGACAAGAACUUGGAUUCAUACGACUGGCUGCGGCGGUUGGCGAGGGCCACAAGCGAAAGCCCAGUCCCCGAAAAUGGAGGCAAGAAGAAGACCGAGAAGUCGGAGCAGCCACGCAGUGAGCAAGAGGUUGUGUCCGAAAAGCUCCCGAAACCCGCCCUGUCCAGGCGACCCUCCAGCGACGAUCGCAAGCCAGCCCCAAGCACGGCUGUCAACGGCAGAAAUGACAACCCGCGGCUGACGGUGGGCUUUGCCGGCGUCCCGCGGGAGCAGUCGAGCGACUCAGCUAAGAGCAAGAGGUCGAGCUUGCACUCCGAUCAGGACCCGACGGACAGAUAUGAUUCUGAGAUGAAAUUGUUUGCUCCGCACGAAAACCAUUCAGAGCGAGGCUCUGUCCGCGCGCCCUCACCGCCGCCGGACUUGGACAUUGAUGACAAGGUCACGGAAGCGACGCCUAAACCGCCAAGGCCUGACCCGUUGACCAUGCCGACGCCCAAAGUCACGGGGGCCUACGUCGAAACUCCUGCCACCGUAAAAGUCGACAAGUUACCGGAGCACGCCACGAUCCCAGACGCGGCAGACGACCAAGUGCUGAUACCCGCGAUAUUUCGUGAAAGAAGGACGAACAACGACCGGAGAAGUCGAGAUCACGACUCGGCAUCCGACCCAGGUGUGAGCGACAGCAAGGACAGCGAGGCAACGACUAAGAGACGGCCACGUUCACGAUCGCUGCCGCGUCGCAGACCGCCUCUCAAGAACUCGGCCAAGCUUCCGUCUGUUCGCGACGACCUGCUCGAGCUGCAGCGGAUGCACAACAUUGACGACUCAACCAUGGACGACCUCGAGGAUAUCCUGACGGGUCGCAAAGCGGCGUCCCCGAAACUCGAGCAGAUCUUGAAGGAGAUUCCCCCCAACACCAACGAACCUACCCUCAAGCGCGAGCCUACCGAGGACGUUGCGCCAACGAGCAAAAAGGUCUCCGACAAGGACACAUCCGAGGGCGAGUCGGCGCUCUUUGAUCGCCUGACGCAGAGACUGCGGACUGGGCUGCUGGGCAUCCGCAGCGCCAAGAAGGGCAUCGAGCGGCUCGAGGACCAGUUUGCGCACGCGGGAAAGAGGUCGACCUCACCGAGCUCGGAUGUGACGAAGACAAAGCCCAUCAAGCAACCUGUCACACUACCCACCAAAAGCCACGCGCACGCCACGCCAGCGAGACACGAGGAGCAAUGCCCCGACUGCCAGGCGAAACCCGCCCCCGGGGUCGCUUACAUUCACCUCCCCGUCCCGCGCCUGUACACCACCACGCCGCGAUUCCGCUUCACCUGGAUAGGACUUCUGCUCUUUACGCUCUCGGUGUGGUACGCAGCCGAGUCGGCAAUGUGCGCCAAAUUUUGCCGCCCGACGAGGUGCUCGCCAGCCAGGCCAUGCAUCUACUCGUACCUCGACCCCACGUUCGGCUCUGCCCUGCCGGUUAAGCUCGACCAGUGGACAACGGGGGGCCACGGGCGGGAGCUGUGGGAAUGGGCGGCGGAGGAGCUGGGCGACUUUGCCGCCGACGUGGAGGACGCGCUCCGGGGCCGGCACAUCACCGACGUCCCGCUUGAGGCGCUGUCGACGCUUCAGAGGCGGCGGCACAGACGGCGGCUUCGCAAGAAGGGCCUCGUCCAGCCAUGGCCGGACCCGUCGCCCGAGCAGCAGGCCAUCUGGGACGAGUGGCGGCGCGUGCGCCUGGCCAGGGAGCGCGCCCAGGAGGCACGCCAGAUGGGCUACGAGGUGACCGCCGACGAGUACGAGGACACCGCUGCCGCUGUGGGAGACGACCAGCCCGCAUGGAACUGA